AUGGCUCCACCUCGCCCCAACACACUCACCAGCUUGGCCGAUGCCUACAACAACUUCCAAGCCCAGUCUCCACCAGUUAUCAAUCUCAUGGGCAUCGUGGUAGAUAUCUUACCUCCAACGAUCAAUCAGAAGAGCAAAGACUGGCAAAUGACUUUUACAAUUCAAGACGCGGAGAUGAUGAAGAUCCCUUCUCGAACAAAAGGUCUGAAAGCUAGAUUUUUCGUUCAACAUCAAAGCGAGCUUCCUCAGAUUCGAUCUGUGGGCGACAUCAUCUUGAUACGUAGUUGCAAGGUCACGUCCGUUUAUGGCACGCCGAUGAUAGGCAACAUGAAGAGACUGACUAGCACGAUGGUUUUCCAAGCCCACAAUAUUCCAGAGCCCGGAUUCAUUCAAACUUUCGCCGGUGGCCAGAAGGAGCUCGAAUGCUUGAGUCAAGGACCCGAUGCAAAAGCCUCCAUGGCUGAGCAAGGAUAUGCGAUCGGUCUCAAGGAGUUGAUUCCUUCCGCUUUGGGUCCCCUUGGUCCCUCCAACAUCACUUCGAUAUCCACUCGACCCGCCGCUGGUAGAGCCACUGGCCCUCCACAACUGCGAAAUAACAAGUUGCGCUUGAUACAGGGUGUUGCAUUCAACGAAUAUUGCGAUCUCAUCGUUGAGGUCGUCAAGAAGUUCCCAGAUGUCAAUGGUCACAUGGAGUUGUAUGUCACCGACUACACGCCGAAUGAUUCGUUGUACGACUAUCCUUCUCCUAGCGAAUCGAGCGUGGACGAUGUUUUCAGCAGGGAUGGCGAUUUCUACGGUUAUCUUCCAAACGUAUCGGGAAAGCGAAAAGACUGGACUGGGCCUUCUGGCAAACAUACCCUCAAAGUCGAGCUUUUACCCCCCCACGCAGGAUUUGCACGCGACAGAGUGAGAGAAGGCGACUAUGUCCUGCUUCAAAACGUUCGAAUCAAGCUUGGCAAUGGAGGUAAGAUGGAGGGUAAUCUUUGGACCGAUAGCAGUUAUCCGGACAAAGUCUGCGUACAUAGGCUUGAAAGGGAUGCGCACCCAGAGUUAAAGACUCUACUCAAUCGCCGAAGUAACUACUGGGGCUACCACAACAAGAAGAUUGCAACGGAGCUCAACAAACCGGAGAACCAGGAGAAAACUGAGAGUAAAAAGACUAAGACCCAGAAGAGAAAGGAGGCCAAACUCAGAAAACGGAAUCCCGAUAAUACCGCGUCGGUCUCUGCCUCAGACGCGAUCCUCAGCAACAAGCAUGUUACUUGCAUGCACAUCAGCGGAGUUGACAUGAGCACCCUCGGAGAGAUACAGUCCAGAAACUAUACUUAUAACAGCAAAUCCGGACAAGAGUUGGCGCUACCAUUUCUCAACGUGCGGAACCGGGUCAGGGUAAGAGUUGUCGACUUUUGGCCGCCAGCGCUUGAAGACUUUGCAAAACUUGCACAACCUAACGAGAUCGGAAAAACAUUGGAAGACGGAGGAGCAUCAGAAUGUGACACGGACAUGCUCAGUCUUCCCAGCCAGAGAUGGGUUUGGGAUUUUUUCUUACUUCUGGAAGACAUCAAGUCGCACCGCGCAGGCCACUCACCAGCUCAACAAUGGGUGCAUGUGAAUCACACAUAUGCGGAGUUUCUCAUCGGCAUGGAGGAAGAUGCUACCGACUUAAGGAGCGAUUCAGAGACACUAGCAAAACUACGAGAACAAAUGGCAGUCCUCUGGGGCAAUCUGGAAGAGUUGAAGAGUGCUGCCGUCGCGAAACAGCAGCCAUAUCCACCGCACUCGUCUGCUCCUGUUGAAGGCAUGGAGUUGUCAAAUCUUCCGUUCUAUUGUUGCAUCGAAGAGUACGGUCAAAAGCUGAAUGAAGCUGACCUUGAGCUGGGCGGGACUCCGCUGUACGAACGGAUUCACGAGAUGUUCGGCGCGCACAUAUUCUAA